UGGCGAUGGAUUGCGCACUAAAUACAGGGCAUUGCUUUCUUCAAACUCAGCGUUCGUGAUCGGCAAGCUGCUCGCUAGUCUUAGACACAUCCUCGCAGUGGUUUCUUCUCGGGUGCCGGAAGCAGAUUGCCCCUCAAAACCUUCCCGCGGUAACUCCAAUCGGGUGACCCCGACCGCAGCAGCAUGCAGAAAAGAGUGGCCAUAGGCGGUUUCAUCACAAUCUGGGCAAUCGCACUGCAGGCGCACAUGAUGUGGUUGAAGCGUCAGGAUGCAUUCAAGCAGAAAUUCGGAGACGAGCCUAUUGUUGUGGAAUCGAGCACGAUGAAUUCGACUCUUGGCGAGCAGGACCAGCUGCAGUCCUCAGCAUCGUCUGAGUAGGUCGUCAUCGCUGUGCAGUAUUGCUGAUAUCAACCUCGAAGGAACUUUCAGAAAUCACGAGAUUGGAUCUCUAUCUCUCUCAGCGAUAAUUUCUCGAGGUUCCCUUGUGUCGCUUAGACAACAUUUGUGGGUCCACUAAUUUGGUCGACACUCUAAUGUAGCUCGAAUGUAAUAAUAUGCGUCGUCGUUUCAGAUUUCUCUCAAAUUAUGUGAAACAUUGAAGCGUUUUCAGCUCUUUCUCUCCUUGAAUAUCGCGAAAAUAAAUGUCAAUUUUGCUACGUUCGUGGUUUAUAUAGAAUAGGGGGAGGGUAGAGGAGGGUGUAAGUAUAUAGCGUGUGCCAAGUUAUGCUCGCAAUUGC